AUGAACGGAACUGUUCGCCCGUUCAAAUGCAAAACAUGCGCCAAAGUGUUCACUCGCCAAGAGAAUCUCAAACGCCAUGAACAAACCCACCAUAAAAAAUCGAGUGGACCGAGUUUCCAAUGCCCCCAAUGUUCAGCCAGUUUUCUGAGAAGUGACCUUCGCAAACGCCAUAUUCGCAACUGCCAUCCAUUAACCGAAUUAUCGCAAUCGUCUGUAUCUGCUCUGCAAUGGGAUUCGCUCGAGAAUCAGCUGCCUCUUCCCAACGUUGAAGGAACAUCGCCAUUGGAAUUGAAUAAUCGAUUUCCCCCACAGAAUGAAGCUAUUCCGAAUAUAUCACUGCCACUCUUCGAAAUGGGCAAUGAUGCUGAAGGAUUCUCCUUCGCAAAAGAAUCGCUCUGCUCCGACGCAUACUUCACCCACUUCCACUCGGCCCUUCCGGUCAUCCACAAACCCAGUUUCGAUCCAACCACCAGCCCUGAACCGUUAUUAAAGGCCAUCGCCGCCAUUGGCGCUCUGUAUACUGUGGCUGGCGAGAAGAUAGGCCAAAGCCGUGCUCGAUUCGAUUCAGGAUCUCAAGCGUUGGAGACUUACGUCAAGAACGAUCGAACGCGAUUUCAGGAUCCAUGGGUUAUACCGGCAUAUCUGCUGCUGGAGACAUUUGGAAUGUACUGCUGCGAUGAUCAGCUGUUUUUGAAAGCGCAGAACAUCCAUCGCAAUCUGGUUGAUGUUGUUCGCGAACUGCAAAUGACGCACGAUGGCCAGCUCAGUCGCAGUGACACCGACUCGAUGGACGAGAAUCUGGGUCGUUCUGAUUUAAUGGACGAUGCUUCGACUCCGUUGGAUGUGAUAUGGCGAUCUUUUAUCCAUUCUGAACUGCGAAAACGGACGAUAUACUCCCUGUAUCUUCUUGACUCGCAGUUUGCCAUCAUCUGCAACGUGCGACCGUUGAUGUCGGCCCUCGAAAUCAAAUACGAUCUUCCAUGCUCUGAUGAUCUCUGGGAUGCUCCGACUGCAGCAGAAUGGGAUGCUCUUCGCCAUCAGCAAUUCUCCUCCUUCAACGAUCAAGACGACGAGGGUGGAUUCAGAGGUGGACGACCGUCGCAGGGGACUUUCUACGAGAGCACUCAAUAUCUCCUCCAGCAUGGCAGUCGGCGCAUGUCUAACAGUCUGCGUCUGCUGUGGUCUUCUCCGUUUACAGCCCUGAUCUUGGUGACGCAAUUGCAGAUGAUGAGUCGGGAUCUGACGCAUGCCAACUGUCUGCUGGAACGGCCGAUGGGAUCGCAGACUCAUCUGUCUGUUCUGCUGGAGAAUCAAUAUGGCCAGAUUGCACAGGCCCUGCGGAAUAUCCUCGAUCUCACACCUCGGGGGCAGCUAUACAACAGACCGGAGAUGCCGCUGGAAACAGCCACCUCGACCAGCCAUGCCCCUCUGUGGCAUUCCUUCUGGAUCAUGUGGUACUAUACCUCCAUCACCCUCACCCAUCCAGACUCGCUGCUAGUCACUGGCACAGUCGAGAGUAAUUUGCCAGCGGCGAUUGCCACGGCUGGACAUCUUGCAAGACCGAGAAUCAAGAAAAACCGAGAUAUCUAUGAAGAUCGCGAUGUGUUUCGAAUUUUGAAUGACCUCGAACGAGCAAUACCUGAAAUUGACAUCCGUCCAUCGAACGGUUUCUCCGAAUAUACUGAGCAUCCGUUCACCACCUUUCUCGGCUUCAAAAUCUGCCUGGUCGGAUGGCGAGUCGUCCGACUGAUGGUGGGCAAAGCCAGCGGUGAUUCACGGUCGCAGGAUCGAUCGAAUUCUCCUCCCAGCAGCAUCUAUCAGUGUUCACCAGCUGAAUAUGUCCUGCGCAGUAUCCGAUCGUGCACUCAGAACGAGAAACCAGAUGGACAUGACAGUGGCAGUUUCGAGCCAUAUGAGACAGACUAUCUGCAAUGGGCUGCGAGGACAUUUGCCCAUCGUCAAUCAUGGCCAGUGGGCAAAUGGCAAUCAGCCAUCAUCGAAGAGAGCCUGGGAACCUUUUCAAUUACACAUUCGCUGCCGUUGAUGGUGCCUUCACCGUCGCAGAUUCCAAUGCCUCAAGGGGAUAUACAAUUGGCAACAGAGUUAGGCCUGGCAGACUUGGGAAUGGGAGAUCAAGUGUGGAUGGGAAGUGAGAUGGGAUAA